AGGUCCACAUCUCUUUCUCUUCUCAGGCGGCAUCAUCUUCUACGGAACCAAAAAAAAAUCUCGCCAUUCCCUCGAGCUCUCGUUGCGUCGUUCCUUCGUUCUCUCACCGCGUCGUUCGGUCUCUCCAUCUUCGCCGUUCCCGUUCGUUCUCUCCGCCUCGCCGUCGUCGUUUGGUCUUUUCGUCUCCGCCGUUCGAGUCUCCUCCGUCUUACGACGAGGUUUAUGAAAGCUUUGACUCCAUGGGUUUGCAAGAGAACCUUCUCAGGGGUAUCUAUGCAUACGGUUUUGAGAAGCCAUCAGCGAUUCAGCAAAGAGGGAUAGUCCCAUUCUGCAAGGGGCUUGAUGUGAUCCAGCAGGCUCAAUCUGGUACCGGAAAGACUGCAACUUUCUGCUCUGGAGUUCUGCAGCAACUUGAUUACAGCCUUGUCCAAUGUCAGGCACUGGUUUUGGGUCCCACCAGGGAGCUUGCCCAGCAGAUUGAAAAAGUUAUGAGGGCUCUCGGAGAUUACCUCGGUGUCAAGGUUCAUGCCUGUGUCGGUGGUACUAGCGUUCGUGAAGACCAACGCAUUCUCCAGGCCGGUGUCCAUGUCGUUGUCGGUACUCCUGGUCGUGUCUUUGAUAUGUUGCGUAGGCAAUCCCUCCGUCCUGACUACAUCAAGAUGUUUGUUCUUGAUGAGGCUGAUGAAAUGCUCUCCCGGGGUUUCAAGGAUCAGAUCUACGACAUCUUUCAGCUCCUCCCACCCAAGAUCCAGGUCGGUGUGUUUUCAGCCACAAUGCCUCCAGAGGCUCUCGAGAUCACAAGGAAGUUCAUGAACAAACCCGUGAGGAUCUUGGUGAAGCGUGAUGAGCUUACCCUCGAGGGUAUCAAGCAAUUCUAUGUGAACGUUGAGAAGGAGGAGUGGAAGCUCGAAACACUCUGCGAUCUCUACGAGACUCUGGCCAUCACCCAGAGCGUGAUCUUUGUGAACACCCGGCGCAAGGUGGACUGGCUCACAGACAAGAUGAGAAGCCGCGACCACACGGUCUCGGCCACUCACGGUGACAUGGACCAGAACACUCGAGACAUCAUCAUGCGUGAGUUCAGGUCAGGAUCAUCCCGUGUCUUGAUCACGACAGAUCUCUUGGCCCGUGGUAUCGAUGUCCAGCAGGUCUCUCUGGUCAUAAACUUUGACCUUCCGACACAGCCGGAGAACUAUCUCCACCGUAUCGGAAGAAGUGGAAGGUUCGGGAGAAAGGGUGUGGCCAUCAACUUCGUGACUCGUGACGAUGAGAGGAUGCUCUUUGAUAUCCAGAAGUUCUACAACGUUGUCGUGGAGGAGCUUCCGUCCAACGUGGCGGAUCUUCUGUGAGGCACAAAAGAGGGGGAAGUGAUUUGAGUGUCUGUGUUGUCCGGAGAAGAAGGUUGCUUGUUUCGCAAGGUUCUAUUUGAUUUUGACCCCGCCAACUCUCUCUAAGCGUUUCCUGUUUUAUCAUUCUUCUUCUUUCGCGUCUCUUCCGUUAUAUUUUUGUUUUUUAUUUUUAAUUUUCUAGUGUUCUCGGAAGGAAAAAGGUCUUUUUUAAAGAACCAUUGUUGUUUCCGCCCUCCCUCUUAUGAACAUAUUUCUGACCAUUUUUAUGGAGUAUCAUCUUUAUAUUUUUGGUC